CAGCUAUGGCCUUUGCUAUUGCAGUGGUUCCGGUACUAUGGCGGCGUACAGGAGGGCAGAGUGUUGGAUCAAGUUCGUGUAGCUCGCUAGUUUGCUAGCUUGUGACAUUUUAAAAGUUUUGGUGCGGUUACUUGAAUCAUGUUAUUAGUGACCGCGCUGAAGGCAUUGCCAGUCUGUCGCGCUCGGUCUGGUUCAUCGCUUUUCUCCUGCAGACGUUACUGUAAGGUCCCCUUGCAGCAGCAGCUGUCUCCGUGCCUGUCCGAGCGCCUGCGGGUGUUUGAGUCCCUGUGGGAGCAGCGAGGGCCGCAGGGCGGGAGGGCCGAGGGGGAGGAGCUGCGUGUUCGCCUGCCCGACGGCAGGACCGUGAGGGGGACGGCGGGCGUCACCACGCCCCUGCUCAUCGCGCAGAAGUCACGGGUUAAAGGCGCGGUCGUGAGCACAGUGAAUGGGGAGCUUUGGGAGCUGGGGCGUCCCCUAGAGGCCAACUGUGACCUGCACCUGCUGGGGUUCGAUAGCACUGAGGCCAGACAGGUGGUGUGGCGGUCCGGGGCCUGUGUACUGGGAGGGGUGCUUGAGAUGCAUUUUGGGGCCGCGGUGGGUCGGGGGGGCAGUACGGAGGUUGGUCUCUAUAGUGACUACCGGCUGGAGAACAGCUCCCUCUCUCUGGCAGAGGUGGAGGAGAAGGUCAGGAAGAUGGCCUCCCUGAAGCUCCCUUUCUCCAGCCUGGAGCUCAGCAUGGAGGAGCUGAAGGAGCUCUUCAAGGACAACCAGCUGAGACUGCGGCUGCUGGAGGAGGAGAUGACUGGACCCACUGCCACUGUGUACAGGUGUGGGGAUUCCCUGCAUGUGUGUAAGGGGCCACUUGUCCCUCACACCGGCUUUCUCAGGGUCUUCAAGAUGCUGAAGUUCUCUGCGGUGAAGAUUGAGGAGGAGGGGGAGGAGGAGGAGGAGGAGGGCGAGUCUGGCGUCCGCCGGGCUCUGGCGGUCUGCUUCCCGGGAGAGAAGGAGCAGGAGGAGUGGGAGAAGGAGCGGGAGGAGGCGCGGCGCAGGGACCACAGACGCAUCGGCAAGCAACAGGACCUGUUCUUCUUCAACGAGGUCAGCCCCGGCAGCUGCUUCUUCCUGCCCAAAGGAGCACACAUCUUCAACACACUCACCGACUUCAUCAAGAGUGAAUACAGGAGGCGGGGCUUCAGCGAGGUCAUGACCCCCAGCCUCUACAGCACUGCAUUGUGGGAGCGUUCUGGCCACUGGGAGCACUACAGUGACAACAUGUUCCUGGUGCAGUGCCAUCCCCACACAUACGCUCUCAAGCCCAUGAACUGCCCUGCACACUGCGUGAUGUUCGAGCAGCGCGUGCGCUCGUGGCGGGAGCUGCCUCUGCGCUGGGCGGACUUCGGCGCGCUGCACCGGAACGAGCUGUCGGGGGCGCUCACGGGCCUGACCCGCGUCCGCCGCUUCUGCCAGGACGACGCGCACAUCUUCUGCGCCCCCGAGCAGCUGGAGGAGGAGAUGACGUCGUGUCUGCAGUUUGUGCGCAGCGUGUACAGGGUGUUUGGCUUCUCCUUCCGCUGCCUCCUCUCCACACGGCCCACACCCUGCCUGGGAGAGCAGGGCCUCUGGGACAGCGCCGAGCAGCAGCUGGAGCAGAGCCUGCAGCAGUUUGGGGAACCAUGGGAGCUGAACCCAGGAGACGGAGCCUUUUAUGGGCCCAAGAUCGACAUACUGAUCCGCGAUGCCAUUGGCCGACAGCACCAGUGCGCCACCAUACAGCUGGAUUUCCAGCUGCCAAUAAGAUUCAACCUUCAAUAUGUGGGGGCGGACGGGGAGAUGUACAGACCAGUCAUGGUCCACAGAGCUGUGCUGGGAUCGCUGGAGCGGAUGAUUGCUAUACUGGCCGAGAACUUUGGAGGGAAAUGGCCUUUCUGGCUCUCCCCGGCGCAGCUCAUGGUGAUCCCUGUAGGGGGCAGCACUGAGGACUAUGCGCGACAGGUGGUACAGAGCUUCCGGGAGGCGGGCUUCAUGGCGGACUUGGACGCGGAUACCGGCACCACCUUAAACAAGAAGAUACGCGCCGCACAGCUGGCCCAGUACAACUACAUGCUGGUGGUGGGAGAGAAGGAGCGAGAGAGCGGGGCAGUGAGCGUGCGGACGAGAGGAGGGGCCCAGCUGGGCCGGAGGGACCUGGGGGAGGUGCUGGCGUCUCUGAAGGAGCUCCGGGAGAGCAGGAGCAACCAGGAGGAGUUCUGAGUGCAGCUUUACCAUGGGGACAGAGCGCCAACGUGGCUCCAUACAUACACAUACACACGCAUACGUACUUACAGGCGUGUUACCAUGGGGACAGAGCGCUAACAUCGCGCCAUACAUACACACGCACAUACACACGCAUACGUACUUACAGGCGUGUUACCAUGAGGACAGAGCGCCAACGUCGCUCCAUACAUACACACGCAUACGUACUUACAGGCGUGUUACCAUGGGGACAGAGCGCUAACAUCGCGCCAUACAUACACAUGCACAUACACACGAAUACGUACUUACAGGCGUGUUACCAUGGGGACAGACCGCCAACAUCGUUCCAUACAUACACACGCAUACAUACUUACAGGCGUGUUACCAUGGGGACAGAGCGCCAACGUCGCUCCAAACAUACACACGCAUACGUACUUACAGGCAUGUUACCAUGGGGACAGACCGCCAACAUCGUUCCAUACAUACAUGGACACAUACAUACGUACGUACUUACGGACGUUACCAUGGGGACAGACCACUAACAUUGCUCCAAACAUAUGUGCGUGACUGCAUGCACGCACGCACACACAUGCAUAUAAUUGCAGAUGCAUGCAUGAAUGCAUUCACAUACAUACAGUAUACUCCAUAAUGUUUGUGACAUAUUUUGUUCCCGAUUUGGGGCUCUACUCCACAGUUUCAGAUUUGUAAUCAAACGGGUAUGUGCUGAACAUGCAGAUUCUCAGUUUUUAUUGAGGGGUAUUUUUUUUUUAUACAUUUUGAUUUCACCGUGUAGAAAUUUCAGCACUUUUUAUAUGUAGUCCCUCUACGCGGUGUCGCCUCAUGUUUCUCUCGCCCACACAUCCACGCCCGCCUGCUGAUCUGUUGGACUGGUGUUUGGGCGUUUUUCUUCAUUGUGGUGAAAAUUCUUCGGUCAUCAACUGUAGAGGUCUUCUUUGGCCUACCAGGUUCUUAGUGAUUACUGUGGCUCAUCAGUGCCCUGAAUGUAUAAAGUGGCGGCCUAUGUAUAAAUUUUCUACAUAGUAAAAACAAAAUGUCUAAAAAUGCCCUUUAAUAAAAGAGCUGAGAAUCUUCCCUUUUAAGUACAUGUGCACUGUGAUUGCAAAUCUAAAAUUGUGGGGUACAGCCAAAUCAGGAACAAAUAUCUGUCCCAAACAUUACGCUGCAUACUGUACAUACAGGGGCACUGUUAGGGAGGUGGUGGGGGCGUUGAUGAUUCUCAGGGGCCCUCAAUAAAUAUUGGAACAGCAUUUUCUUGUUGUGUUGGGGCCCAGUGUGAGCUAUUUUAAUAGCGCCCAAAAUCCCUGGUGACGUAGAUCUGUACAUGUAUACAUGCACAUACAUAUACACACAUGCGCGCAUGCACUGUAUGUGGCCGGGUAAAUGCAAUUGCGAGUGAUCGUAUGUGCACUCAGUCCGGCUUACGGUGAAUGGGGGUAUUUUGUUUCAGGCCACUUGUAUAGUAUUACCGCUGAUUUCUGCUGGAAAGUACAAACGGUGACCGAUUCGCAAAUGAAUGAGGGGUGAGCCAGUUCACCGCUCCCAGUGUUGUAUUCUGUGGGAAAAUAACUUCUCAAAUGAAGUUGCCUGUGGCCUUUCAACAUUGAUGCAUCAUAUUUUUUUGUUGCUAUUUUAUAGUCUAAUAAAAUGGACGUGCUUCAGUUCCACUUCACCGUUUAUAAAGUUAUUCUCGGGUGAAGAGAAUUUGCUUGCGUAUGGUUUUAGAGUAACCCACUUAAUAUCCCCGUGGUUCUACGGCCAAAUAUUUGGACAAGCGGUGAUAUUGACCAAGUGUAAGAUUUCCCAUGGUGCCUGGGGAGCAGAUGUGGAAUCCAGAUCGCUCGGUUCCUUUUCCAUAACGGUUUAUCUUUUACAUGUAAAUAAAGAAACUCUUUUUAAAAUUGUGUUGCGAUUGUAUUUGUGACCAUGAAUCAGCUGGACAAUAAGAGUUUUGUAAGUAACCAUUUUCUGUAAUAACUGCAGUUCACAAGCUAGUUUAUGUAGCCUAAAUUCAUGUUUGGUGAUUCGAUUAUAAUGUGUAAUAAACGUUUGCUUUCUAUUA